AUGCCUCGUCCCAGGAAGUUGCUGGACAUGCGCUGCACCACCUGUCAGACAAGCUUCAACCGACGAGAACACUACCAGCGCCAUCUGCGGUCACAUACAGAGGAAAAGCCUUUCUCCUGUUCCUAUUGUCGGCAGACCUUCAGCCGCGGAGACUCACUUGCUCGCCACUAUACGUCUGUCCAUCAGACGGACUCGGGGGAGCCCCUGGCUGAGAGACGCAGAGCAAUAAAAGCCUGCGAAUCGUGCCGGCUAUCUAAAGUCAGAUGUGAUGGGAAGGAGCCAUGUCAGCGUUGCUGCGACCAGGAUCGAGAAUGCUCCUAUCCGGUCUCCAGGCGCACCAGACAAUCUGCCACACGCACUGGCCAACUGCCUAGGGGACAUUGUCUGAAUCUUCCCUCUACACAGGUUCAAGCAGGUAGUGAGGCCACGAAUGCCUCACAUAGUAUAGACAUAGUGUCGCCAGCUCGCCCCCAGAAUCAGAGGCUGUAUGAACAGGCACUGGUACAUUCGCCCGCCCAGGCCGAAGCGACCUAUGGAGCCAUCGAUAUGAUCACGGUUCCUCCCUUCUUCUCGUUGGACUGGAAUGACUUUGGCGAGUGGCUCAACUUUGGUUUCGACGAUGACUACAUGGGGCUAUCUGCGAAAUCCACCAGCGAUGCUGUAGCAUCCGCUUCAGCCACCAUCGCCGGGCUCUAUGGUAACAUUCAGGAACCAGAUAUGGAUAAAGAUGCCAUCGACCCGAGGCAGUACUUUCCAGCUUCUAUUGAACUGGACGCUCAGUUAGUGUUUCCGGACAUGACUACUAUCCCCAGCGAGGAUAUCGAAAAGGAAAAUCUGGCCCUUGUUGAGCAGGUUCCGGACGGUGUCCCACAGAAGGUGUUCGAGAUGGCUACCGUAUUGCAAACCAAAUCCAACUAUCCCAAGUUUAUCGAGUUGCGCAUUCCGCCUGCUCUCGUUCUCAAUGCCUGGGUCCAGCUCUACUUUGAGCAUUUCCACCCUGUUUUUCCGAUCUUGCAUAAGCCAACCUUUUCCCCUGCGACGAUGAAUCCAUUCCUGGUCCUUACCGUUGCGGCCAUCGGCGCGCAUUUCUCAGAUUUGGAGGGCUCGCAAGCCUGUCAGAGGGCUAUGCAUGAGCUGGUCCGACGAUAUACAUCGUACACAUGUGAACAAUGCAAUCGCACCAGUCGUGAGCUUUGGAUCACGCAAACCAUUCUUCUCAACCAACUCGGCCUGAUGUACUCAGGCAAUCGAAGGGCCCUUGAACUAGCAGAAUUGGUCCAGGCUGUCCCGGUUACUCUUGCACGACGAAAGAGGCUUCUUUCAAAUAUCCUCCCUCGUGUACGGAUUUCCGCGUUACAGCUCCCGCUUGGUCAAGAAUGGCAGCUCUCAAUAUAUGACGAGGAACGUCGACGGGUAGGGUUCGCCAUUUGGCUGAUUGAUUUCGGGUGGAAUUAUAGCUUUGGGCUCAACCACGUUAUGAGGGCGGACGAGCUGCAGAAUUGCUUGCCGCAGUCGGACGAUUGCUGGGAUGCACCCGGUGCUCAGCAAUGGGCUCAAAUCAUGGAAGUCAGGAACUUUUCCACGAUACCGUCCCUACCUGUAACCAUUGCGAACCAAAACUGGAUGUGGGCAUGGUCGCAGACUGGAACGCUUGGAAAGCAGACUAUCCUGCACUAUCUGACAAGCAUUGUCAUGAACGACGACGCGGAUAGCUCCUCUCAGGGUUGUUGGUCUGAACACAGACUCGCAGCGGCGGAAACACUCAAGAGUCUCCUUGGAGCAGAACGUGGCGAGGCCCAUACAAAAGCAGCUCCCAACGCCGCGAAUAAAAUCUGUUUGCUUAAGCGUCAUAUACCGGAGAAUGGACGAUACGUCGUGGGAUAUUCUAUCGAGUCAAUGGGCCCAAUCACCAUUUCAAGGGCGUCUGGCGGUGCUGUAUGGUGCUCAGGUCUUUGA